CCUGUACCCUGUAUCUUCACGGUGCGCUCUUGAAACUAAGCUUUCAGCUUCUUCUGACAUUCUGAAAGAUAUUAAUGGCCAAUCCUUGGAUGAGUCUCUCUUGAAAUCUACAAGUUUCUUUGAACUUGAGAGGUACUUGUAUAGCUUUCUGGAUGCCUCAACAAGUACAGGAAUUCAACGAAUGAGACUUAAGCUUGAGACACCGGUUAUCAUUGCAGAGCAGCUGCUUUCAUCCUGCCAAACUUUUAUUGACACUACACAGGCACGUAUAGUCCAGCUUUUAGACAAUACUCUACGGCUGUCGAACCUUGAUCUUGUCACUGGAUAUGUAUUUAGAGGAGAAAAAACUACUCAAAUGCCAGCUACAGUAAGUGUCAAAAAUGACAUAAUUGGUCCAGCAGCUUUUGAAGCAGAAGUGAGUGAUACUCUUUUAAAGUCAACUUGCAGCAAAAAGGGAUCUGACUAUAGCCGCUAUCUCAACUCAUCUCAUACUGUAGGGGAUGCCAAUGGGUCAAGUGGAAUUGAAAUGAAUAUAUGGAAUGGAAUCAGGCCAACUGCCCUAUCUUAUGUUCCCGGCAUAGCUACUUUUCACAGGGGAAUCAGCUGUGGAGUUGGCGCUGUAUUUUCUGGCAUGGUGGCCUGCAAACAGUAACAUGGGAGGGGAAUGCUAUUGGCAGAAGGAGAACGGAAAGGAUAAAGUGCUUUGGAAGGGUUGUUUUAUUAGCACCGUAACAAUCUUUUAUUAAUUUUCCAAAACUCCAUGAUAAGAUGUUUAACUAUCCUUAUAUAGAGCCUUACACCUAACCUGCUUAGAAACAGAAAGACAAAUCAAAUAAAACCUACAUA